GAAGGAAAAUGCUGCAGAUAAAAGCUGUUGCUCUGUGACUUGUGGUGUUAGUUGAACUUGUGCCUCCGUUGGAAGAAGACUGAAAACCUGCAGAGAUGGGCUUCUCCCCCUUUUUCUCCGCUGAGACAUGGACCCUUCUGGUGGCUCUCGUCACGCUGCUCUUUGUGUAUGUCUGCUGGAAUUUUGGAAUAUUUAAGAAAUUGGGCGUCCCGGGUCCCAAACCAAUCCCUUUCUUCGGCACUAUGCUGGCAUAUAGAAAGGGAUUCACCGCCUUUGACGAAGAUUGCUCAAAGAAAUAUGGGAAAGUGUGGGGCAUUUUUGAUGGCCGUCAGCCGGUGCUGUGCAUCACUGAUCCUGCCAUGAUCAAAACUAUUCUCAUAAAGGAGUGUUACUCUCUCUUCACCAAUCGCAGAGUAAGUAAACUAACUAACACUUCCAGUCACUUGUUUCUUGGACUCUCCUCAUCAUCUGUAUGCGUUCCUCUGUACCAGAACUUCCGUCUGAACGGGCAACUGUACGACGCUGUGUCCAUCGCUGAGGAUGACCAGUGGAAGAGGAUCCGAAGUGUCCUCUCGCCCUCCUUCACCUCAGGAAGACUGAAAGAGAUGUUUGACAUCAUGAAGCACCACUCCGCUAACCUGACCAGCAGCAUGAAAAAAAAGGCGGACAAGGGGGAGCCCCUAGAGCUUAAAGAGUUCUUUGGACCCUACAGCAUGGAUGUAGUAACCAGCACAGCCUUCAGUGUUGACAUUGACUCAUUGAACAACCCCUCAGACCCAUUUGUCGCUAACAUAAAGAAGAUGCUCAAGUUUGACCUUUUUAGCCCAAUCUUCCUCAUUGUUGCAUUCUUCCCCUUUUUGGGUCCAAUUAUGGAAAAGAUGGAGUUUUCCUUUUUCCCUAAAUCUGUCACAGACUUUUUUUACGCUGCACUGCAGAAGAUCAAGUCCAACCGUGUGCACAGCGAGCAAAAGAGUCGAGUGGACUUCCUUCAGUUGAUGAUUGACUCCCAGAAAAACAUUGACCUCAGUAAAGAGGAAUCACAUAAAGGUUUAAGUGAUCACGAGAUCCUUUCCCAAGCAAUGAUUUUCCUCUUUGCUGGCUAUGAAACAAGCAGCAGCUCUCUUACUUUCUUGGCUUACAAUCUGGCCACAAACCCUGACAUCAUGAAACGGCUGCAAGAGGAGGUCGACUCCACGUUCCCGAACAAGGGUCCUGUUGAGUACCAGGCUCUGAUGCAGAUGGAGUAUCUGGACAGCGUCAUCAACGAGUCUCUCCGGUUGUACCCCAUUGCCCCACGUUUGGAGCGUGUGGCCAAGGCAACUGUGGAAAUAAAUGGCAUUGUGAUUCCAAAAGGAAUGGUUGUCAUGGUUCCCACUUGGCCGCUGCACCGGGAUCCGAGUCUGUGGCCCGAGCCCGAAGCGUUUAAACCUGAGAGGUUCAGCAAGGAAAACAAGGACACUAUUGACCCCUACACGUACAUGCCUUUCGGAGCAGGACCGAGGAACUGCAUUGGGAUGCGAUUUGCUCUGGUGAUGAUGAAACUAGCAAUGGUGGAGAUCCUGCAGAGGUUCAGCUUCUCUGUGUGUAAGGAGACUGAGAUCCCCUUGGAGAUGGACAUCCAAGGCCUUCUGAUGCCAAAACGACCAAUCAAACUCAAGCUGGUGUCACGUUGAAUCCUCAAAAUAAACAAAAAGAACGAGACACAUGAUUUUAAAGUUAAACAUUUCCAUCUGUAUCACCACAUGUAAAUCUAUAUCUGUUAGUUGUCGUUUAUUCCCAUUACAAAUUUUACCCAUGUUAAAUAAGUGACAAAUGGAUAAUUUUUUAAGACUAGGUAGAAGAGUGUGUCUUUAUUUGAGAUAACAAUGUUCUAGUACUGGAUAAAAUAGCUUUUAAAACAUUGGUUGGACUGUAACAUAAUAUGGUGAAGAAAUGUGUGUCGCCCUGAGAGAGUUCUGACCUGAGGAGGUGUGGUGCUGCACAGAACUUUAGCCUCUUUCAUUCUUGUGCAGCAACAACACAUAGUGCUCGCGUUUCUAACCUUUACACACACUCACCUGGGUGUGCAUGGACAUGUCUUUGCGUUAGCAGAGAAUGUGAAUAAAUAUGUUUGAAUAAAGCAUUUAAGUGUACAAAUGUUGUGUAUCAUUGUGUAAUAAUAAAUUACAUGUUGCUUUGUUCCCCAUGUUCGGGCCAUUGCUGGGCGGCAUGUCCAGAAGUUCAUAUGACAGUAUUUUGUGAGAUUCCCACGGUAUCCCGGUGUAUCAAGUUUUUUGUUGUUGUUGAGUAAACACAUUUAUUCACAGAACAGCUGUUCACCGCUUGGCACUUGGCUCGUUAGCGUGUUAGCUUGUAAGCGUGUUAGCUAGUUGGCGUGUUAGCUGUUAUGGCUGCUAGCUGUGUUGCCGCUAGAGCCAAUACCAGUGCCUCGACCAACUUUGCAAUAAAUUGUUUUCUGAUCUAUCGUUAACUUCGGCUGGGAUUCUGUUUUAAUGUAACAAGAGAUGGAGUUACUUAUUGUUGUGAUAGCGGGCUACCUGUGCCGAGCAUGCAGUUUCUGCGACUGAUUUUAGCUCCUAACUUAGCUCCUAACCUGACUAUAUACUAUUGUGUUAUUCACAGAACUAUUAUCGCCGAUUUAGAUUUUCUCAGAUCCGUCAACCAGAAAACACACAAAGGUAAAAGAGUGUGUUGUUUUAGGGAAAUCAAUGUUCUAGUCCCGGAUAAAAAACUUUUUAAAACAUUGGAGGGAUUGUAAUGUAAUAAAAAAUGUGUUUAGCCCUGAGAUAGUUCUGACCUGAGGAAGUUUGGCUUUUUUUCUGCUGCACAGAACUUUAGCCUCUUUGGUUCUUAUGCAGCAACAACACAUAGUGCUCGCCCUUCUAACCUUUACACACACUCACCUGGGUGUACAUGGACAUUUUUUUGUGUUAGCAGA